CUUAAUUUUCCCUUUGAAUGGAGUGUCUGCAUUGUCUGCUCCCGGGGUAGGGCUACUCAGUGAGAUGAUAUAGGUGGGAGUUCAAUGAAACUGGUCCAUCUAACUGUGAAGUAUUUAUUACUAUCAACUUUAAUGUUUGCGUUUCUGUGAUGAACUCUGAUUCACAGGGGAAAGGGAAGCAGAGAGAGAGGGAUUUGAGAACUUUGUCUGCUUAGCUCUCCAAGUAAUCUCAAUAUUCUCAGACUCCCAAUAAGAUCAAUAAGAUAGGAAAGUUCAGUUUCAGAGAGGUACUAUCUCUUUGCUAGUAAAGACACUCCAGCUUGCAUAAUUCCUGACCUCCUUGGAAAAUCUUUUCCUUGGCUAUAAAUUCCAUUCCUCCUCCUCUUACUUCCAAAUUUUGGGGUCAAAGCAUGAAUUCUCUACUUGAGCCCCUCAACUAAAGCCAGCCACAUACCCUUUUCCUACCUAGAGGAAAACAGCGUCACAGACCUGUGAAGGGUUAAGUGAGCCACACCCUCAGUAGGAACAGCUUCGGACUUUGUGCUGAGCAGUCAUCUCUCUGGUCUCCUGGCCAGAGUGGCACAGGGAGCCUGGGCUGGAAGAGGCAGCACAAAGGAAGGUCACAAGAGUGGACACUGGCAAGAGGAGAGCAGCCUCUUUCUUGGCUUCCCCAACACCAUGGACAGCUCCCAUUAACCUAAGACACUUCGCCUUGGCACCUGGGACUCCUAUGUCCCCUUCCUGUCAAAUUGGGAUUUCAUCACCCAUUCUCCAAGGGACACUCAAGUUACACCCUUGUUCCAGUGUUUGAAUUUCCAGCCCCUCUGGACAUGUCUCUCCUGGAAGGCUCUGUGGGGGUGGAGGACCUCAUCCUCUUGGAACCCCUGGGGGAGAAGUCUCUGCUCAAGAACCUUCAGCUUCGCUAUGAAAACAAGGAGAUUUAUACCUACAUUGGGAGUGUGGUGAUCUCAGUGAAUCCCUACCAACAGCUGCCCAUCUAUGGCCCAGAGUUCAUUGCCAAAUACCAGGACUAUACCUUCUAUGAGUUGAAGCCUCAUAUCUAUGCUGUGGCAAAUAUGGCAUACCAAUCACUGAGGGACCGGGACCGAGACCAGUGUAUCCUCAUCACAGGCGAAAGUGGCUCUGGCAAAACUGAGGCUAGCAAGCUGGUGAUGUCCUAUGUGGCCGCUGUCUGUGGGAAAGGGGAACAAGUGAACUCUGUGAAAGAGCAGCUGCUUCAGUCAAACCCAGUGCUAGAGGCAUUUGGCAAUGCCAAGACCAUCCGCAACAACAACUCUUCCAGAUUUGGAAAAUACAUGGAUAUUGAGUUUGACUUCAAGGGAUCCCCUCUUGGUGGCGUCAUCACAAACUAUCUGCUUGAGAAGUCCCGAGUGGUAAAGCAGCUCCAAGGGGAAAGGAACUUCCACAUCUUCUAUCAACUACUAGCUGGAGCAGAUGCACAGCUGCUGAAGACCCUGAAGCUCGAGCAGGAUAUAAGCAACUAUACCUAUCUGAACCAGGAGAUGUCCAGAGUGGGUGGAAUGGACGAUGCCUCCAACUUCAGGGCUGUUCAGAGUGCAAUGUCAGUGAUUGGGUUCUCAGAGGAGGAAAUUCAACAAGUGCUAGAAGUGACAGCUCUGGUGCUGAAGCUGGGGAACGUGGAGCUGACGGGCGAGUUCCAGGCCAAUGGGAUACCAGCAAGUGGCAUCCGUGAUGGGAGAGGCAUUCAAGAAAUUGGGGAGCUGGUGGGUUUGAAUUCAGAGGAACUAGAGAGAGCUUUGUGCUCGAGGACCAUGGAGACGGCCAAGGAAAAGGUGGUCACAGAACUGACUGUCAUCCAGGCUCAUUAUGCUCGCGAUGCUUUGGCUAAGAACAUCUACAGCCGCCUCUUCAACUGGAUAGUGAAUAGAAUCAAUGAGAGCAUCAAGGUGGACACCAGGGAGAAGAAGAAGGUUAUGGGGGUCCUGGAUAUCUACGGCUUUGAAAUAUUGGAGAAUAAUAGCUUUGAGCAAUUUGUGAUCAACUACUGCAAUGAGAAACUGCAGCAGGUGUUCAUAGAAUUGACCCUGAAGGAGGAGCAAGAGGAAUAUAAAAGAGAGGGUAUACCAUGGACAAAGGUGGACUACUUUGAUAAUGGCAUCAUCUGUAACCUCAUUGAACAUAAUCAGCGAGGCAUUCUGGCCAUGCUGGAUGAGGAGUGCCUGCGGCCUGGGGUGGUCAGUGACUCCACUUUCCUAGCAAAGCUGAAUCAGCUUUUCUCCAAGCACAGUCACUAUGAGAGCAAAGUCACCCAGAAUGCCCAGCACCAGUAUGACCACACCAUGGGCCUCAACUGCUUCCGCAUCUGCCACUAUGCAGGCAAGGUGACAUACAAUGUGAACAGCUUCAUUGACAAGAAUAAUGACCUACUCUUCCGGGACCUGUCCCAGGCCAUGUGGAAGGCUCGGCAUCCCCUCCUUCGGUCCUUGUUCCCUGAGGGUAAUCCCAAGGAGGCAUCUCUCAAACGCCCCUCAACUGCUGGGGCCCAGUUCAAGAGUUCUGUGGCCAUACUCAUGAAGAACUUGUAUUCUAAGAACCCCAACUACAUCAGGUGCAUAAAGCCCAAUGAGAAUCAGCGGCAAGGUCAGUUCUCCCCAGAGCUGGUGGCAGUUCAGUCGAGGUACCUGGGGCUGCUAGAGAAUGUGCGGGUACGUCGGGCUGGCUAUGCCUAUCGCCAGGGCUACAAGCCCUUCCUGGAAAGGUACCGAUUGCUGAGCCAGAGCACCUGGCCUCACUGGCAUGGUGGAGAACGGGAAGGGGUUGAGAAGAUUAUGGGGGAGCUGAGCAUGUCCUCAGAGGAGCUGGCCUUUGGGAAAACAAAGAUCUUCAUUAGAAGCCCCAAGACUCUUUUCUACCUGGAGGAGAAGAGGCGCCUGAGGCUGCAGCAGCUGGCCACUCUUAUACAGAAGAUUUAUCGAGGCUGGCGCUGCCGUACCCACUACCAGCAGAUGAGGAAGAGUCAGAUCCUCAUCUCUGCUUGGUUUCGGGGCAACAAGCAAAAGAAACACUAUGGGAAAAUGAAGGCAUCGGCAUUGCUGAUCCAGGCUUUCGUGAGAGGGUGGAAGGCCCGAAAGAAUUAUAGAAAAUAUUUCCGAUCAGGAGCUGCCCUCACCUUGUCAAAUUUCAUCUACAAGAGCCUAGCACAGAAAUUUCUGUUGGGCCUAAGGAACAACUUGCCAUCCACCAAUGUCCUGGACAACAGGUGGCCAGCUGCCCCUUACAGGUGCUUCGACACGGCUAAUCGGGAACUGCAGAAGCUCUUUUAUCAGUGGAAGUGUAGGAAGUUCUGGGAUCAGCUGUCUCCAAAGCAGGUGCAGAUACUGAGGGAAAAGCUCUUUGCCAGUGAACUGUUCAAGGGAAAGAAGGCUUCCUAUCCUCAAAGUGUCCCCAUUCCAUUCCGCGGUGACUACGUUGGACUGCAGGGGAACCCCAAGCUGCAGAAGCUGAGGGGCAAGGAGGAAGGGCCUGUUCUGAUGGCAGAGACUGUGAAGAAGGUCAACCGUGGUAAUGGCAAGACUUCUGCUCGGAUUCUUCUCCUGACAAAGAGGCAUGUGAUUGUCUCAGAUUCCAAGAAGUCCCAGGCCCAAACUGUCAUUGCACUGGACAAUUUGGCUGAGGUGUCAGUCACCAGCCUCCAGGAUGGGCUCUUUAGCUUGCAUCUGAGUGAGAUGUCAUCAGUGGGCUCCAAGGGAGACAUCUUGUUGAUCAGUGACCAUGUGGUUGAAUUACUGGCAAAAAUGUACCAGGCUGUGCUGGAUGCCACACAGAGGCAGCUUUCUGUCACUGUGACUGAGAAGUUCUCAUUGAAGUUCAAAGGCAGUGAUGUGGCUGUCACGGUCAUCCAGGGCUCUGGGGGGAGUGGGAUGGGCAAGCUAAUUUUCAAGAAGAAGGGAAGUAAUUCCCUGGAAGUGACAGUGCAGUGAGGAGGUGGGGGCCUUUCGCGGAAAUGUGGCUUCUUCCUCCUGGACCAGCACUAACCCCCUCUGCCUGCCUUUGGGGAGGGACCUCAUGUCUAGCCCCUCCAAUUGUGGAGUGGGGCUUGGAGACAAAAUAACACUUGAAGAAGGCCUUUCUUCUCCCCAACCCUCCUAGAACUCUCUUCCAAAAGCAGGGUCCUCCCAGCCUCAGUCUCUUUGCUACAAUAAAUCAUGUGGUUCAGAAAGGUCUGGUCAGUGUGGGUGGGUCCCUGUUCCCCCAUCUCCUCACCCAGUUCAUUUAAACCCUUCUUCUUGAUGCCCUUUCUUGUCCCUCAGACUCCUAGGAGCCAGCUAGUACAAAU